CUCCCCUACGAAUUGGUUCAAGCUUGAAUUGGGUUUGUUUUUAAAAGCAGUGCUGCUUUCAUGCUUUACGUCUUUUAGUUUUUGCUUUCCAUGUAGUGGGGCUGAACUGGUAUGACAGCCUAAUUUCACGGGAACCUUUCUUUCCUUCAUAGAAUAGCAAGUCGAAAAUGAGCAUGGCUUCAGUUUUGGACGUGCGGGGUCUGCCUACAGAUGAGGAAGAAUCGAAGAUUCUCCGUGUCAAAGUUAUUGCUGGAAUUGGACUGGCCAAGAAAGACAUUUUGGGUGCUAGUGAUCCUUAUACAAGAGUGUCACUUUAUGAUCCAGUAAAUGGAGAACUCACUAGUGUUCAGACAAAAACGAUCAAGAAGACUUUGGAUCCCAAGUGGAAUGAAGAAUUCUUCUUUAGAGUUCAUCCAAGACAGCAUAGACUCCUUUUUGAAGUUUUUGAUGAAAAUCGAUUGACAAGAGAUGAUUUUCUUGGACAGGUUGAUGUUCCUCUUCACCAUUUGCCUACUGAAAAUCCUAAUAGUGAAAGACCGUACACCUUUAAGGAUUUUCUUCUUCACCCACGAAGUCACAAAUCCAGGGUGAAAGGUCAUCUUAGACUUAAAAUGACAUACCUUCCAAAAGGAAAUGGAUCAGAAGAAGAUAACACAGAGCAGACAGAUGAUUUGGAGUCUGGCUGGGAAAUCUUAGAUCUGCAAGACACAACUGGAAGACGUCAUCUACUUCCUGCACUCCCUGCAGGCUGGGAAGAAAGACAGGAUAACUUGGGCAGAACCUACUAUGUCAACCAUGAGACUCGGACCACGCAGUGGCAGAGACCCACAUUUCAAGACAGUCAAGCAGAGGUGGAACAUCGACGGACUAUCCACCUUGAAGCACAGCAUGCGUUUACGACACGAAGGCAAAUCUCAGAAGACACUGAAAGUCGUGAUAGAAGAGACUCUCCUGAUAGCUGGGAGAUCAUCACAGGAGAGGAAACCGCUAUGAGCAACACUCAUAAUCAGUUGUCGCCUCCACCUCCACACUCUCCAAAUGAGCACUUUUGUGACAUCCAGUCUUGCCUUGCGAGUGAACUGAGUCGGAGUCUUCAAACAUCUGGAAACAUAAGCGAAAGGCGUACCUCCAUCACACAGCCAAGUCAUUCAAGCCGAAGAGGAAGUGCGCAGGCAACCGCAUAUGAAGAGCAUCCAGCUCUUCCAGUGCUGUUGCCAGCAUCAACAGGACUACCACCAGGAUGGGAGGAGAAGCAGGACAGUAAGGGAAGAAUUUAUUAUGUUAAUCAUAACAACAGGACCACCACAUGGACCCGUCCGGUGAAUCAGAUUUCUCCAGAUGCCUCACCUCAGCACUCUCCAGGCCAAAAAACCACAUAUGAAAGUGGAUUCCUUCCGUCAGGCUGGGAAAUGAGGAGUGCACCAAAUGGCAGGCCUUUCUUCAUCGACCAUAAUACAAAGUCAACUACAUGGGAAGAUCCAAGAUUUAAAAUACCAGUUCAUAUGAGAAGACGGCCUUCUUUAGAUCCCACAGACCUUGGGCCACUCCCAGCUGGUUGGGAAGAAAGAGUUCAUACAGAUGGACGAAUAUUCUACAUUGAUCACAACACCAAAACUACUCAGUGGGAAGACCCAAGAUUACAGAAUGCUGCAAUAACAGGACCAGCUGUGCCUUAUUCCAGGGAUUACAAACAAAAGUAUGAGUACUUCAGGAAAAAACUGAAAAAACCGACCGAUAUUCCUAACCGAUUUGAAAUGAAGCUGCGACGUAAUGCUCUCCUUGAAGACUCCUAUAGAAGAAUACUAUCCGUAAAAAGACCAGAUUUCCUGAAAGCCCGUUUGUGGAUUGAAUUUGAGAAUGAAAAAGGGCUGGAUUAUGGAGGAGUUGCCAGAGAAUGGUUCUUUCUUAUUUCCAAAGAAAUGUUUAAUCCAUAUUAUGGGUUGUUUGAAUAUUCUGCAACUGAUAACUACACACUGCAGAUUAACCCCAACUCUGGAUUGUGCAAUGAAGAUCAUUUGUCUUAUUUCAAGUUUAUUGGACGUGUUGCAGGAAUGGCAGUUUACCAUGGCAAGCUACUGGAUGCCUUCUUCAUUAGACCUUUCUACAAGAUGAUGUUGCAGAAGCCAAUAACACUUCAGGACAUGGAAUCUGUGGACAGUGAAUACUUCAAUUCACUAAAAUGGAUUUUAGAGAAUGAUCCCAAAGACCUUGACUUGAGGUUUACAGUUGAUGAAGAGCUGUUUGGGCAGACUCAUCAACAUGAACUAACUAUUGGUGGAACAGAUAUUGUUGUAACAAAUAACAAUAAGAAAGAAUACAUUCACUUGGUAAUACAAUGGCGCUUUGUAAACAGAAUUCUGAAGCAGAUGACUGCCUUCAAGGAGGGCUUUUAUGAGCUGAUACCUCAGGAUCUUAUCAAAAUAUUUGAUGAAAAUGAAUUAGAGUUAUUGAUGUGUGGACUUGGAGAUGUGGAUGUCAAUGACUGGAGAGAAAACACUAAAUACAAAAAUGGAUAUUGUGCAACACAGCCAGUGAUACAAUGGUUUUGGAAGACAGUGCUACUUAUGGAUGCAGAAAAGCGCAUCAGAUUGCUGCAGUUUGUUACUGGAACAUCUCGUGUGCCCAUGAAUGGAUUUGCAGAAUUGUAUGGGUCAAAUGGACCACAGUUAUUUACAAUUGAGCAAUGGGGAACACCUGACAAAUUGCCAAGAGCCCACACAUGCUUUAACCGUUUGGAUCUGCCACCUUACGAGUCAUUUGAAGACUUGAGGGAGAAGUUACACAUGGCAAUUGAAAACGCCCAAGGAUUUGAUGGAGUUGAUUAAAAGAAUGUUUUUUUGCAAGCAAAUUCUAAACAUAUCCACUGGUAAUGCACCUUCCAUUGUGGCAGAUAAAGAAAAACCCACAAAACUGAAGAUUAAGAACCUUUAUGGAUAUUUGAGACAUGGGGGUAAAAAAAAAAGUAAAAACAAAACUGCACUUUUUUUCCACAUUCUACAGAUAAUGUCCCAUAAAUUGUUCUAGGAGCAAGUAACUUAUUUUUGUAGGAGAAAAUGGCUAAUUCCAUUGUUAAGUUACAAAAAGGCUUAUAUUUAUAUUGCACUUAAUUGUAAGUUUACUGUUUUUGCUAUGGUUAUUUAAAGAAACUUGAAGUUGUUAAGACAGUCUAAAGCACAGUGCUAUACAAAGUUUUUAAAAUAUGAGUGAUUAACGUUGACUGUUUUUAUUGCUGUGUUUGCCUCAGUUCUCAGCUGUUGAACAGCCAGGCAGAAAGUUACGAAGCAAAGUAAAGUGGCAUUCACCUUGCAUUACACCACACGUUAUAAUUUCUAGAACAGAUCCUUACGAUCUUCACAUAGAAAGAUUGAUGUUCCCCUCAUAUUUUCUUUUUUUUGCCAGGGAAAUGCAGACAUGAUUGGAACACACUAUUGUCUACCUCACUUUUCUAAUGAAUUUUGAAAGAAGGGGUCCAUCAAAACCUUUAUCAUCACCACUAAUUUGCAUUUCUGGGAUUAAAGUUGGUAGCCUGACCUAAUUAGGAUUCUGUUCAAAGAAUAUCUUGACUGGGUAACCUGGUGAGUCCAGUGUUGCAGCUUCUAAGAUUCUUAAGCACAAUUUCAAGACAGUGGCUUUAAGGACUUUGUCGUUGACCUGCUGGCAUUCCAGUUGAGUCCUUAAUUAACUUUAGUGUUGUAUUCCUGAAAGCUACAUCAUAAAAGUAAAAUCAUUAUUUUCUAUUAUUGAAACUCAAUAUAAUAAAAAAGUAAUGAGGGGAUUAUAUAGAAAUAUCGAAUUAAAGAUUGCUGUGCACACUUCAAUAAGAACAUUAUAAACAAAUGCUAUCAGUGUGUAUUUUUGUAUGCAUGUAUAUUAAGAACACUGACUUAAAAAAGGACUGCGAUGGCCAACCACACAACAGUGAUAACUUUCUGAGCUCAUCAAAAACCUUCUAAAGUAUUAAGUAUUUUACCUGCACUGGAAGUGUUUCUGCAGAAGUGGAGCUUUCGAUUUCAUUGUACAUUUUUAACUUAGUGACAUUGCAAAACUGAUAUUUUGGAGUGUUUCCUGGAAAAGGGUCCAGUCUGUGCAGAAAGACAUCUUUCUGUUUAUAUUCCAAUGAGUUUUGACUUUGUAUGCUGUGGACUAAUUCUUAAUCAGUGGCAUUGAAGUGUCAAACAUAACGUGUUGUAAUCUAAAGCAAAAAAGGAGAAAGGAGUAUCCAAAUUGUGAUAUAUUAAUACAUAUUCUUUCUAAACCGGUAUUUUAUUCAGUGCACUGUAGGACAUGUAGUUUAAACUUUUUCCUGCAUUUAGGCAGUUUUUGUUUGUUUACAUAUUGCGUAAGGUUUAGUAAAUGGCAUCGCACUUCAGUAUUAACCCGAUGUUUUGACAGUAGGACAAAGCAAUUUUUAAACAUGCUGUUUACGGGGUAUUCGAGUCUCAGUUUCCCUGAAGAUCUCAUUACUUGCAGAAGUUUUUAAAACCUCCUAAUUAAUACUAUUUAUAUUUACAUUUGAUUUUUCUUUUGAACAAUAUUUUUCUAAGUGUACUUUGGAGCCACAGCCCAUUUAAGCCUCACAGCACCAAACGCCUUUAUGUUGUUUGCUCAUUUUGUACAAUUUCAGAAUAGUGGUUGCAGUUUUAGCUGUGUGAAUAUUAAACCAUUCAUGUUUAGGCUUGAAUCACAAUUAGUCUGCAAACAUUUUGAAUUAAGCACCAUUCCCAAAGCCAACCAAUGGCCUAAUUGUUGUAUUUUUUAAUAUGUUAUUAAAAAUACAGAUUAUCAUGUAACAAACCUCUCGAUGGAGAUAACUGCCAGCAGCCCUUUAUUAAGUAAUGAAGAGCAUGUAUGAAAGAUUACUUGUUUUCCAACCACAACCUACAGCAGUGCCUUCUGGGAGAUGCAAUCGUUAUGACUUAUUUUCAAAACGAUAGUACAUCUUGCUUUGAGAUUUUACUAGAAGAAUAAGGGCAGUGUAGUGUACAUAUUUUUACAGUUGAGCAAAUCUUCUAUUUCUGUCUUUAGCUCAUGUGACUUGAAUUGCUCUUUCAUUUUUUUUUUUUUUAUCUGAUACUUAUAUUUGUUAUUCCUAUGAGAUGAAUAUGUCAAGUCUUACCCUGCCCAGGUUAGACUGUGUUUGUAUAACUCAGAAAUAAUAGAGAGUUAGAGAAGAAGGCUCAUUUCAGCUUUAUGCUCUGCAUUGUCCAGAGUGAAAUGUUUGUUUUCAGCAACAUGGAAUAAGAAAGUGCUUACCAGAUUCUCUUCAAAUGGAUGAGCAUUUAACUUUGGAGUCUGAGAGACACUGACAUUUGACUUACCAACAAUGUAUAAACCUGCUUUAGAAUUGUGAGGUGGUUUCUGCAAAGGCUAAACAAAUUGGCAUAGAGCAAAAGAAAGGCUGUAUGGCAGUGCAGCACCUUGGAAGAGAAAAAUAAAAAAGAAUGGCUGUGAAAUGGCUGCUAAGUUACAGCGGUCUGCCAGUUCCUAUGCACUACUGUCUUUGAAUUUUUGCUUUCCAUGUCACCAUUAUACCUUUUGACCACCUUUCUUCACAAAAUUCUCUUACUACCCAUACUGAAAUCCGUUGCAAACUUGUAUUGUUAAUGUACGAACCAGCAUCCCAAUUUACAUCAGAUUUCUCAACCUCCUUAUCUUCUGGGUAGAAAAGUAAUGCUCAAAUUAUUAUUAUUUUUUACUAAAUUAGAAGUAUCCUCCAGUGUGAAAAACUGAUAUUUUUUGAAUUACAAAUUGGUAUAGAUGUCCUGCAUUUCACGGAGUCCCAGAAAUUCAAUAAACUAGCUUUUAAAUUAGCCGAACACUACUGUUUCACGGCUCAGCAUCCAGAUGGUCUAAAACUGCCUUGAGACGAUGUGUCCCACCAAAGUAUUCCAGACUUGUAAAAAAAAUAUAUAUAUAUAUAUAUCUGGGAAUGCCACUGUAUUGUGUUUGAGUUGUGUUCCUUCCACUGACUCGCUACACUUUUAAUGCUAUACUGUUUUGUGAUCCUUUCCUUGUUACCUUAAUUGCAUUACCAUAUCUGGUUUAGGUUAAACUUGUCUUUUAAUGCUGCCCGAUAAUUUUAAAAAUUACUUUUUUUAAAUGUUUUUUUUAGCCAAAAUUGCCCCAAAAAUUUGCUAGGAAGUUUGUCAGUAUUUUGCAAUGUCACCCCCACUCUCUUAGUGGCCAAGGUGUUAGACUAUGAAUCACUGGAUUGCCUGUUUAGUCCCCACCACUGACCCCCUGCAUUACUCUCAGUGAGUCUUUUAACUAUCCAGUGCUCAACAUUAUAGAUGUACAGAUGUUGUAGAACAAGAAUGUGCCUUAAGAUGGUAUUAAUGUUAAGGUAAUCUAUAAAAUGAUGAUGUAUUGUGUUCAUACAGAUCUUUGGCUGUUUACAUUGUGUCCACAAAUUAACAUAUUAAAAUGAUAAGCCGAAUGCUGUUAAUGAAGACUUAGAAAUAGACUUUUAUACAUCUGUUUAGUUAAUUUUAUGUUGCUGUAUUACUCUACUGUGCUGGUGCUGUUCCCUGCCUUGCUGACCCCCACAGACUUUGACAUUUAUUAAGACAGUCUGAGAAUGUU